GUCAGCUGGAAUCGGACAGAUUCCUGCUUGUGAGUGGUGGAAAACCAUCAAGGAAAUGUGGCAUCAUGUCUGGAGGAAACAAUCUUUUCUUUAAUGAAGAAGGCUUGCGGAUGCUGAUGACUCGAGACCUAGAUUUGUCACAAGCCAGAUUUGUGCAGUUCUUCAUGAGACUGGGAUGUGGCAAAGGGGUGCCAGACCCCCGGAGUCAGCCUGUGCUGCUGCAGUAUUCGCUCAACGGGGGCCUCACGUGGAGCCUUCUCCAGGAGUUCCUCUUCAGUAACUCCAGCAACGUGGGGCGGUACAUUGCCCUGGAAAUUCCCUUGAAGGCCCGUUCCAGCUCCACUCGGCUUCGCUGGUGGCAACCAUCCGAGAAUGGGCAUUUCUACAGUCCCUGGGUAAUCGACCAGAUUCUUAUUGGGGGAAACAUCUCUGGCAAUACAGUACUAGAAGACGAUUUCAGCACACUGGAUAGUAGAAAGUGGCUGCUCCAUCCUGGCGGAACAAAGAUGCCAGUUUGUGGCUCUACUGGGGAUGCUCUAGUCUUCAUUGAGAAAGCUAGCACCCGCUAUGUGGUCACCACUGACAUCGUCGUCAAUGAAGAUUCUUUCUUGCAAAUAGAUUUUGCAGCAUCCUGCUCUGUCACAGACUCCUGUUACGCUAUUGAAUUGGAAUAUUCAGUGGACCUCGGACUGACCUGGCACCCAAUUUUGAGAGAUUGUCUUCCCACUAAUGUGGAAUGCAACAAGUACCAUCUCCAGAGGAUUCUCAUUUCGGACACUUUCAACAAGUGGACCCGGGUUACUUUGCCUCUGCCUCCCUAUACUAGGUCUCAAGCAACUCGUUUCCGCUGGCACCAGCCUGCUCCUUUUGAUAAGCAGCAAACGUGGGCGAUCGAUAAUGUCUACAUUGGGGAUGGCUGCAUAGACAUGUGCAGCGGCCAUGGGAAGUGCACCCAGGACAACUGUGUCUGCGAUGAGCACUGGGGUGGGCUGUACUGCGACGAGCCGGAGAGCCCCCUUCCGACACAACUGAAAGAUAACUUCAAUCGCUCACCAUCGAACCAGAACUGGCUGACAGUGAACGGGGGCAAACUGAGCACGGUCUGCGGGGCAGUAGCCUCUGGGAUGGCCCUUCACUUCAGCGGGGGCUGCAGCCGUAUGUUAGUUACAGUGGACUUGAACCUCACCAGUGCAGAAUUCAUUCAGUUUUACUUCAUGUAUGGAUGUCUGAUAACUCCUAAUAACCGCAACCAAGGAGUGCUGCUGGAGUAUUCUGUGAACGGUGGAAUCACCUGGAGCCUCUUAAUGGAGAUUUUCUAUGACCAAUUCAGCAAGCCUGGCUUUGUGAACAUCCUUCUUCCCUACGAUGCCAAAACCAUUGGGACGCGCUUCCGGUGGUGGCAGCCUAAACACGACGGCCUGGACCAGAACGACUGGGCUAUCGACAACGUGUUGAUCUCUGGCUCAGCCGACCAGAGGACGGUGAUGCUCGACACCUUCAGCAGCGCUCCCCUGCCGCAGCACGAGCGCUCCCCUGCCGAUGCAGGGCCCACCGGGAGGGUCGCCUUCGACAUGCUCGUAGAAGACAAAACGACGGUGAAUGAACACUGGUUAUUCCAUGAUGAUUGCUCAAUCGAGAGGUUUUGUGAUUCUCCUGACGGUGUCAUGAUCUGCGGGAGCCAUGACGGCAGAGAGGUCUACGCAGUCACCCACGACCUCACACCUACAGAAGGCUGGAUUAUGCAGUUCAAGGUUUCUGUUGGAUGUAAAACCUCAGAAAAACUUGCACAAAAUCAGGUCCAUGUGCAGUAUUCCACCGACUUCGGCGUUAGCUGGAGUUACUUAGUACCUCAGUGUUUACCAGCAGAUCCAAAAUGUUCUGGGAGUGUUUCACAGCCAUCAGUCUUCUUUCCCACAAAAGGAUGGAAAAGAGUAACUUACUCACUGCCUGAAAACCUUGUUGGCAAUCCUGUGAGGUUUCGGUUCUACCAGAAAUACUCAGAUGUGCAGUGGGCCAUCGAUAAUUUCUAUCUGGGCCCUGGUUGUCUGGAAAACUGUAGAGGCCAUGGAGACUGCCUGAAUGAGCAAUGCAUCUGUGAUCCUGGGUAUUCGGGUCCAAACUGCUAUCUGACUCAAACCCUGAAGACUUUCCUGAAAGAGCGCUUUGACAAUGAAGAAAUUAAACCAGAUUUAUGGAUGUCCUUAGAAGGUGGAAACACCUGUACCGAGUGUGGGAUCCUUGCAGAAGACACAACUCUCUAUUUUGGAGGUGCAACCGUGAGACAGGCUGUCACUCAAGAUCUGGACCUGCGGGGGGCAAAGUUUCUACAGUACUGGGGAAGAAUUGGGAGUGACAACAACAUGACAACAUGCCACAGACCAACUUGCAGAAAGGAGGGAGUGCUGCUAGACUAUUCCAUUGAUGGAGGGAUAUCAUGGACUUUACUUCACGAGAUGGAUUACCAAAAGUACAUCUCAGUCAGGCAUGACUACAUCCUCCUCCCCGAACACGCUCUGACCAAUACAACCCGUUUGCGCUGGUGGCAGCCUUUUACCAUCAGCAACGGGAUCGUGGUUUCAGGCCCCGACCGAGCGCAGUGGGCGCUGGAUAACAUCCUGAUCGGAGGAGCAGAGAUCAACCCCAGCCAGCUGGUAGAUACGUUUGAUGAUGAAGGUACCUCUCAUGAAGAAAACUGGAGUUUUUACCCUAAUGCAGUCAGGACUGCAGGGUUCUGUGGAAAUCCAUCAUUCCAUCUCUACUGGCCAAAUAAGAAAAAGGACAAAACACACAACAUCCUGUCCUCCAGGGAGCUCAUUAUACAGCCAGGAUACAUGAUGCAGUUUAAAAUUGUUGUUGGCUGUGAAGCAACUUCUUGUGGAGACCUUCACUCUGUGAUGCUGGAGUAUACGAAGGAUGCCAGGACAGACUCGUGGCAGCUCGUCCAGACACACUGUCUUCCCUCCUCAUCUAAUAGUAUUGGCUGCUCCCCUUUUCAGUUCCAUGAAGCUACCAUCUAUAACUCUGUCAACAGCUCCAUGUGGAGAAGAAUAACCAUCCAGCUGCCUGAUCAUGUCUCAUCCAGUGCAACUCAGUUCAGGUGGAUUCAGAAGGGAGAAGAACUAGAGAAACAAAGCUGGGCAAUCGACCACGUGUACAUCGGGGAAGCGUGCCCUAAGCUCUGCAGUGGCCGCGGAUAUUGUACCACUGGAGCCAUUUGCAUUUGUGACGAAGGAUACCAAGGUGACGACUGCUCUGUUUUCAGCCAUGACCUCCCCAGUUACAUUAAAGAUAAUUUUGAAUCUGAAAGAGUCACUGAAAUAAACUGGGAAACCAUUCAGGGGGGAGUAAUAGGGAAUGGAUGCGGACAGCUGGCCCCGUACGCCCAUGGAGAUUCACUCUAUUUUAAUGGAUGUCAAAUACGACAAGCUGUGACUAAGCCUCUGGAUCUCACCCGAGCAAGCAAAAUCAUGUUUGUUUUGCAAAUCGGAAGCAUUUCACAAACAGACAGUUGCAAUACCAAUCUGAGUGAUCCUAACACUGUAGACAAGGCAGUGCUCCUCCAAUACAGUGUAAAUAAUGGAAUUACAUGGCAAGUAAUUGCACAGCAUCAGCCAAAGGACUUUAUACAAGCCCAAAGAGUGUCUUAUAAUGUUCCCCUGGAGGCACGAAUGAAAGGAGUCUUACUGCGCUGGUGGCAGCCCCGUCACAACGGAACAGGUCAUGAUCAGUGGGCUUUGGACCACGUAGAAGUCGUCCUAAUAAGCACUCGCAAACAAAAUUACAUGAUGAAUUUUUCACGGCAACAUGGGCUCAGGCAUUUCUACAACAGAAGACGAAGGUCACUUAGACGAUAUCCAUGAAGAAACGAGAAAUUUAUUUUUUUUCCUCCCAACAUGUGAUGUGUUGCUUUCCAUUCUUUAAAUCUAGCACUGCGUCUGGUAUCAGGACUUUUCUGCAACUGGCUUGAUGAAUAACUGAAAGCCUUUCUCAAGACAGAGUGUAUACCACUUUUUCGCACUGUGAACUAAUGAGAAGUGACUUAUUUUCUCAUAGGUAAAUGUUUUAAUGUUGAUGUGUCUGUGAAAAUUGUGAUCUGUUGUAAUAUCAGUUACAGUGGCAGUAUUGGAAGUAAGCAACUAGUUCUGUUUAACAGGAAAAAAAGUUUAAGCACAAAGACUUUUCAGAUUUUAUGUUUAAAAAAACCUACGUGCUAAAUACAGAAUUUAACAUUCUUUGUCAUAUAGGUAUUUAAGCACACUGUAUUUCAGCUGAGUCAUUUUAUAUGAAUAAGUUAUCAUUGUUUGUCCUCUUUGUAUUCUCUUCCACAACAUGACACACUGGCACUGUAUUUACUUGUUUUGUUGUUGUAAUAUUUUUGCUGCUGAUUUUUGGGCUAUUUACCUUCUGACAAAAUGUAUUUAAAAAAAAAAAGUACCUAAUCAUCAGGAAGAUAAUUGCAAAAGUAGUUGUAAAGCAUUGAUAUCCUUCGAUCUUAUUCUUUGAUAUGUCUGUUGGUUAGCAUUGUUUUGUGGAUAAAAAAAAAGAAUGCUUGACAUUAAACUUUUUUCUACUAAGGAGUUGUGGAUGAAGCCCUAAACAGAAGUUCCCAAUUCCCUUUCUAAAUGUAGUCAGUUUUCUGCAACUGAUUUACUUACAGUAACUGCCAUUUGGUGUCUAUAGUAAUGAAGUGAUUUGUAAACAGUGAACGUUUCAUGGUGUUCUCUUUGGUGUUUGUUUCUAUUGCGGGUCAUGUUUGUAUCUUCUGAUAAAGUUGUAUCUACACCAGCAACGUUAUAAUGCCCCUAUAGCCCUAAACUGUCUAUUAUCAUAAAUAAAAUGCUUCACUUUAUGGUGAAUCAAGCUAAAGAUCCAUGCUUCAAUAAAAAUGUCAACAAAGAA